UGGCGCGUUUGGGGUGGUGCUGUUGUGUUUCUGUGUUGUUGUCCUCCUCCUCCUCACUGCUGCUGUUCAGCGCAGGAUGGCGGAGGCAGUCACGGCACAGCUAGACUCAUUCGGCCGCAAUUUCCAGAUCGCGGACCUUCAGGCGCUCCACUGCUCACGCCAGAUAACUAGUAGCGCUCUGGCAUCUGGCCAGGUGGAGAGCCGUGGUCCGAUCUCUCAUGCCCCCAACAGCCCCGCAGGAAUGGAGAGCAGUCAACCAAUCACCAUCACAGACCCGGUUACACGGCGGAAGAAGAAACGCAGAACUCGGGCCGCAGACAGUUUAACUGGCAAAUUUAGUGAUCUGUACAAGCUGACGGACGAGCUGCUGGGUCAGGGAGCUUAUGCUAAAGUCCAGGGCUGUGUGAGUUUACAGAAUGGCAAUGAGUAUGCUGUCAAGGUUUUAAAGAACAUUCUGGAGCUCAUUCAGUUUUUUGAAGAUGACUGCUGUUUCCAUCUGGUGUUUGAGAAGUUGCUUGGAGGUUCCAUUUUAACACACAUCCAGAGUCGAAAGUACUUUGAUGAGAGAGAGGCAAGUCAUGUAGUCAGGGAUAUAGCACAUGCACUGGACUUUCUGCACAACAAAGGAAUCGCUCACCGGGACCUUAAGCCUGAAAAUAUCCUGUGUGAAUAUACUGAUAAGGUUUCUCCUGUGAAAAUCUGUGAUUUUGAUCUCGGGAGUGGAGUAAAGCUAAACAGUGCCUGUACCCCAAUAACUACCCCUGAGCUCACCACACCGUGUGGCUCAGCUGAGUACAUGGCUCCUGAGGUGGUCGAGGUCUUUACGGACGAGGCUUCGUUCUAUGACAAGCGCUGUGACCUCUGGAGCCUCGGAGUGAUUCUCUACAUCCUGCUCAGCGGGAGUCCUCCCUUCACCGGCCACUGCGGCACCAACUGCGGCUGGGAACGAGGAGAGACAUGUCGUGCCUGCCAGAACAACCUGUUUGAGAGGAUUCAGGAGGGGAAGUAUGAAUUUAGGCAUGGAGUUUGGGCUCAGAUCUCAGCCGAUGCCAAAGAUCUGAUCUCGCGGCUGCUGGUGCGAGAUGCCACUCUACGGCUGGGUGCUGCCCAGGUCCUGAAGCAUCCCUGGGUGCAAGGGAAUGCCCCUGAGAGAGUUCUUCAAACUCCUCGUGUUCUACAAAGAAACUGCAGCACUAAAGACCUGACACAGUUCGCCGCUGAUGCUAUCGCGUUCAAUCGGCAGCUGUCUCAGAAGGAGGAAGAGCAGGAGGACUUUGGUGCCAUGGUCUGCUCCAUGAGGCUCUCCCCUCCAUCUAACUCUAGAUUAGCCCGUCGCCGAGCACAGUCUCAAGCACUACGCACCAAUACCUGACACCUGCCCACCCGACAGGUGCUCCGGUUAUACUCAUGCACACCAUAGUGCGUUAUAAGCCUUCAUACGCAUACAUUCUCUGGUGAACUGAAUGGGUUCUUGAGCAAACACACUCUAACCUUGGCUAACACACAUGUAUAUGCAUUACAGGCUUAGUGCUACCAACUUUUAGCACAGACUAGCCUUAUAUAUACAAACCAAAAACAUCCAGACGGGGGGGGGGGGUGAACAAAGGCUUUCU